GACAGAAAGUAAUCGUGAAAGAAGCUAGUGGGAAGGUGUUCCUGCAAUGUGUAACAGAGGAAAAAGGUCAAAUCAUAUGGCUGAAAGAUGGGAACAGGAUAGGAAACACAACAGAGCUGGACUUGGGCUCAAUUUACGAUGAUCCCAGAGGCAUCUAUGCAUGUGAACUGGAAAGCAGGAAGAAAAGCUCCUCCCUCCAGGUGCACUAUCGAAUGUGCCAGAACUGCAUCGAAGUGGAUGCUCCCACCAUCUCGGGGAUCGUGGUCGCAGAUGUUGUCGCCACCAUCUUCCUGGCGGUUGCUGUGUAUUGCAUCACUGGCCAGGACAAGGGACGCAUGUCACGAGCUUCUGACAGGCAGAACCUGAUUGCCAACGAGCAGCUCUACCAGCCCCUUGGUGAGCGAGACGACGGACAGUACAGCCGGCUGGCACCUGCCAAGGCCCGCAAGUGA